AUGGCAGCGAGGCAGCUGGAGAAUCUAUCCCAUAAUUCGAUUGGACUUUGUGAGGAAUUGAACAGUGCCGUACUGAUUGAUAACCUUCAACUCAUUCUACGACGUAUCGCAGAUGCAUCAAAAAAAGCAGAACAAAGUCCAUAUUGGCGUGGACAAAAACCGUCGCUGGUAGCUGUUUCGAAAACGAAAUCCGCCUCGCUGAUUCAGUGUUGCUACGAUGCGGGACAAAUGAAAUUUGGCGAGAAUUAUAUUCAGGAACUUGUGGAUAAAGCGAAAGUAUUGAAAUCAAAGUGUCCAAAUAUACAGUGGCAUUUUAUCGGUACAAUUCAAUCAAAUAAGGUGCUGUUUUUUUUGAAAAUUUCCAAUUUAAAAAAAAUGGAAAAAAGCCAACAGUCAAUUCAGGAUCACUGGUGUAAUGAGGAUGCAUUGAACAAGAAACAUUCCUCCAUAUUGGAAAAAGAGAUUGCAAAACAUAACCGGACACUGAAGGUUCUAAUACAAGUUAAUACGAGUAAGGAAAAGCAGAAAGGAGGAAUAACGCCCGAAAUGGCAGUGGAAUUGGCUGAGUUUAUUCGGGUAAACUGUCCAUCACUGGAAUUCGGUGGUUUUAUGACAAUUGGUUCUUUUGCGCAUAGUGUGUCGGAAAUCUCCAACAGAGAUUUCAUAGAGCUUUUCGAAGUACGAAAAACGUUUUGCGAACUCACAAAAGAAAAUGAAGAAGAUUUUGAACUUUCGAUGGGAAUGUCAGACGAUUUUGAAGCAGCAAUAAUGUUGGGCAGUACAUCGGUACGUGUUGGUAACGCCAUAUUUGGACCUCGUUUGCUGAAACGAUAG